AUGGAACUCAACGGAGCGGAGACUAACGAGCCGCAGAAGGGCGGCUACAGAAGGAAUCAUGUUGGCGGCAAAUGGCCAGAGAAUGGCCGUGCCGCGUCCAAGAUUGAGAAGAAGAAGAAGAAGAAGAAGAAGGAUGCUGACCUCCAGCACGAACCUGAGUCGGUUCCUGCUGUGGCGGACCCUGUGCUUAGGAUGGAGGCGGAGUUUACAGUGGGUUCUAGAUACUGCCGUGAUGGCGGUAUUGGAUUUCAGUGGUCUCUUUUUCGACGUAUCAUCUCGGAAGGAGCGACCUUGUUGGCCAUAGGAGUGUCCAAAUCCAGUGAUCCCAUGUCUGGGUUCUUCUGCACAACUAAGGAGGUCUUCAAUCGUGGCUACAAGCAGUGCAAUCCGAUCGGCUUCAAGAUUGGGCUAGAGUUGAUGGUACGUUGUAAGGCGAGUCCAGUCGUAGAUGUUCCGAUAACAUUCCAAGAGAGAACUGCUGGUGAAUCUAAGCUCACUAUGAAGCAGAAUGUGCAAUAUGUGGAGCAAUUGGCGAGUCUCUAUUUCGAGAAGUACUUUGUAUUCAUCCUACUACUACCUCUCAUUAUUGUAUUCUUCGUGGCUUACUGGAAGGGAUCGAUUCAGUGGUAG